UUGCUGAUAGAUGGCGCCAAAACGUUUGCGGGUGCGCAAGGCAUUCUAGGAGGUGCUGAGAAAUCGCGAUCGGCCAUUAUCCUUUCUGUGCUGUGUGUGUGCUGACUGGGACCGAUAAAAUGUCGCUACUUUCUGUGCGUUUAGCUGCCUCAGUGGCCCGCAAUUUACCUAAAAAUGUCCCCCAGGUUUCCGGUGUAGCAUUUCCAGCAGCCUCAGCCACACUCCGUAAAAUCCACUCCUCUCCAGUCAACAAUGGGGUAGAAAUUUCCUCAGUCUUGGAAGAAAGGAUCCUGGGUGCUGCGCCUAAGGCUGACUUGGACGAAACUGGUCGUGUGUUAAGCAUUGGUGACGGUAUUGCUCGUGUCUAUGGCUUGAACAAUAUCCAAGCCGAUGAAAUGGUGGAAUUCUCUUCAGGAUUGAAGGGUAUGGCCUUGAAUUUGGAACCUGACAACGUUGGAGUGGUAGUUUUUGGUAACGACAAACUUAUCAAGGAAGGUGACAUUGUCAAAAGAACAGGAGCUAUUGUUGAUGUUCCUGUAGGCGAUGCUUUGUUGGGACGUGUAGUUGAUGCUUUAGGUAACGCCAUCGAUGGUAAAGGUCCACUAAACACUAAACAACGUUUCCGUGUGGGUACCAAAGCCCCUGGAAUCAUUCCACGUGUCUCUGUCAGAGAACCCAUGCAGACUGGAAUUAAGGCCGUAGAUUCAUUAGUACCAAUUGGUAGAGGCCAGAGAGAAUUGAUUAUUGGUGAUCGUCAAACUGGGAAAACCGCUCUGGCCAUUGACACCAUCAUCAACCAGAAACGUUUCAACGAUGCCGACGAUGAAAAAAAGAAGCUUUACUGCAUCUAUGUUGCCAUUGGUCAAAAACGUUCCACAGUGGCCCAAAUUUUGAAACGUCUUACAGACAGUGGCGCCAUGAACUACACCAUUAUUGUGUCCGCUACCGCCUCUGAUGCUGCCCCUCUGCAAUAUUUGGCCCCAUAUUCCGGCUGCGCCAUGGGAGAAUACUUCCGUGACAAUGGAAAGCAUGCAUUGAUCAUCUAUGAUGAUUUGUCCAAACAGGCUGUUGCCUACCGUCAAAUGUCCUUGUUGCUACGUCGUCCUCCAGGACGUGAAGCAUACCCCGGAGAUGUCUUCUACCUUCAUUCCCGUCUUUUGGAGCGUGCAGCUAAAAUGUCAGAAGCUCAUGGAGGUGGUUCUUUGACAGCUUUACCGGUAAUUGAAACUCAAGCCGGUGAUGUAUCAGCUUACAUUCCUACCAACGUAAUUUCCAUUACUGACGGUCAAAUUUUCUUGGAAACCGAAUUGUUCUACAAAGGUAUCCGGCCAGCCAUCAACGUAGGUUUGAGUGUGUCACGUGUAGGUUCUGCCGCUCAGACUAAGGCCAUGAAACAAGUAGCUGGUUCCAUGAAGUUGGAAUUGGCCCAGUACCGUGAAGUAGCUGCUUUUGCUCAGUUUGGUUCCGAUUUGGAUGCUGCCACUCAACAGUUGUUGAACCGUGGUGUCAGGUUGACUGAAUUAUUGAAACAAGGUCAAUAUGUACCAAUGGCCAUUGAAGAACAAGUCGCCAUCAUUUACUGUGGUGUUAGAGGACAUUUGGACAAAGUUGAUCCAGCUAAGAUUACUGUUUUUGAAAAGCAAUUCUCCGAACACAUCAAGUCUCGUCAUCAAAGCAUCCUUCAAAGCAUCGCCAAGGAAGGCAAAAUCACAGAUUCUACAGAUGCUGAGCUCAAGAAGCUUGUGCAAGAAUUCUUGGCCAGUUUCUCUGGUUAAUUGAGCUGAGCUUAGGAUAUUUUUUUCUAUCUUCAAUUGUUUAAUAUUUAAUAAUGUUAUUAUUAUAAAACUGUAUCUACUAAGGGACUUGUUUUUUUUUUUGACAGAAAAGGCCUCUUAGUCAUAGUGUUAAUUUUUCCAAUAAAAUUUGCUAAUUCAUUCUACCAAUUUUUACUGGAAAAUUCAGCAUUUGUCUUAAGAAAUUAUUAUGUACUUUUUUGUUUGUAUUGAAACCGAUAGAUAAAACCAAUAAAUUAAUUGGGUUUUUAUAA